AUGAAGCAAGGGAUAGAAUGGCGGAUUGCAGCAACGUUCCUUGUCGCCUUAGUAAUAAAUGAAGUAAGCAUAGUGAAUGGCAAGAACAUUACGUCUGGAGACGAGAAUUCUUCGGAAAGUACAGGGAACAAGGAGAAACUGACGGAUCUAGAAGGAUCAGAGACCUCGUACAGUUUCAGUUUCGCAAACAGUUUCGGAAAUGCGUUCAAUUCGUUUCCUCAUUCGAUACAGCAGCAGACUGCGUUUCCAUCUAUUUUUCCAAGUGGUGGGUUCAACUUUGGACAAAACCUAACUGCUACUAUCCAUCAAGAGAUUAUGUGCGGUGAUACCUUUCCGCGUGGUUGCGGAGAACAAAGAUAUCGGACCUACGACGGCUCUUGCAACAAUCUACGCAAUCCGACGUGGGGUAUGGCAAACACGAGAUAUGGACGACUUCUGCCAGCAAAUUACGGAGACGGGAUACGAUCGCCCACGAAUUCAGUAACUGGAGCAGAAUUACCACUUUCUCGAUUGGUCAGCUACACACUGUUUCCCAACAUCGACAUCGACGACCCAAUUUGGUCUCUAGCAGCAAUGCAAUGGGGGCAAAUUAUUACCCAUGACAUGGCUAUGAUCGACGGAACUACUCAAUCAAAACCACACGUAACGCAAUGCUGUACGGACGAUGGACAAUUGGUAGACCCGUUGUUACUUCACGGUCAUUGUUAUCCCAUAAUUAUACCUUACAACGAUCCCACCUACAGCAAGGCAAACACGAGAUGUCUCAACUUCGUUCGUAGUACAACUGACCUUGACCGAGGCUGUUCGUCCCAGUACAAACCAGCAGAACAGUUGACUGUUGUUACACAUUACAUGGACCUCUCUCUGGUGUACGGAUCUAGCGCUCAGAUGGCGGCCAGUCUGCGGGCUGGACUCGGUGGCCGCAUGAACGUAGACAUCCGACAUAACAAAGAAUGGCCACCUGCGGCAGUUAAUAAGAGCCAACUCUGCGAAACCGCGGAUCCUAAUGAAGUUUGCUAUCAAACUGGCGACACCCGUGCCAAUCAGAAUCCCCAGCUGACUGUUCUACAAAUAAUAUUACUUAGAGAACAUAAUCGCGUCGCUGACACUUUAGCCCGUGUAAAUCCUCAUUGGACAGACGAAACAAUUUUCCAAGAGACGAGACGAAUUGUAAUUGCAGAACAUCAACACAUUUCAUACUAUGAAUGGUUGCCAAUAUUUUUAGGCGUGGAGACUACAUAUGGCAAUCAAAUUUUGUACCACACCAAAGGUUUCGUGAACGACUACGAUCCAAAUGUGAAUGCACAUGUACUGAAUGAGCAUUCGAACGCAGCCUUCAGAUAUUUCCAUUCUCUAAUCGCCGGUUACCUCAAUCUGGUGAGCGAGCAUCGAUCUUCAAACGGCGCCUUGAGGCUCAGUGAUCACUUCAACAGACCAGGAAUUAUUGAAGAAUGUAACAAUAUGGACGACCUGACGAGAGGCAUGGCUUAUCAGCAAGAAAAAGCUAGCGAUCAAUAUUUCGAUCCAGAGAUCACGGAAUUUUUAUUCAGAAACGGAAGACCGCUUGGAUCGGAUCUUCGAGCGACAGAUAUUCAAAGGGACCGCGAUCACGGUCUCGCAUCUUACAACAGUUUCCGCGAGUAUUGCGGCUUGCCUAGAGCAAAAUACUUCAACGAUUUCACAGACUACAUUUCACCUUCGAAUGUGGCAAAAUUAGCUGAAUUGUACGCCAGUCCUGACGACGUCGAAGUGACCGUAGGAGGAGGGUUAGAGGCACAUGUAGCAGGAACACUUUCUGGUCCUACAUUUUUAUGCAUUCUUACUAGACAAUUUUAUCGAACGCGAGUUGGUGAUCGCUUUUGGUAUGAAAGAGGCAAUCACGAAGUAGCGUUUACUAUAGAGCAAUUAAAUGAAAUUCGAAAAACUAGUAUAUCCAGAUUAUUCUGUGAUAAUGGUGAUCAUAUCACAAAUAUGCAACUAAAAGGAUUCCGACGAGUAUCACAAACUAAUCCUAUCACGAGCUGCGAUAAUAUUCCAUCAAUAGAUCUUUCGUUGUGGAAAGAUUAUGCUCCUCAAUUAGCAACAUCAAAAUAUACAAUUCCUACACUUUAA